AUGGCCCAGCAACAACUCAAAAAGUGGACAGUGCGUCUCCCUGCGUUCUCUCCGAACGUUCGCCUCCAACGCACCACUUUCCGAGUCGUGGAGGAAGGGCGACGGUGUUUAGAGACAUCAAGUGGAGCACCUCCCACAUCUCGGCGUCCGCGAUCGUUUAACGAACCAACUGCGAAGCCGUUCUCGGACUUCCUCACGGACCGAUUUCAUCGCCAGCAUGAUUACCUCCGGAUCAGCGUCACGGAACGGUGCAACCUGCGAUGUUUGUACUGCAUGCCCGAGGAAGGUAUUGAGCUGUCACCACCACCCAAGCUGUUGACCACGCCGGAAAUAUUGUACCUGUCAUCACUCUUUGUCUCCCAGGGCGUCACAAAGAUCCGUUUGACGGGUGGGGAGCCUACCGUCCGGAGCGACAUUGUACCGUUGAUGCAAGGCAUUGGCCAGCUCCGGCAAAAUGGACUUCGCGAGCUCUGUUUGACCACAAACGGGGUCUCACUACACCGGAAGCUUGACCAGAUGGUAGAAGCAGGCCUGACAGGUGUAAAUCUGAGCCUGGAUACUCUGGAUCCAUUCCAGUUCCAGAUCAUGACCCGCCGGAGCGGGUUUAAGGCUGUGAUGAAGAGUAUUGAUCGCAUACUGGAAAUGAACCGGGCCGGCGCCGGCAUCAGGCUGAAGAUAAACUGCGUUGUAAUGCGCGGAUUGAAUGAUCGUGAGAUCAUCCCAUUUGUCGAAAUGGGUCGUGAGAUACCUCUCGAGAUCCGCUUUAUUGAAUAUAUGCCAUUUGACGGGAAUAAGUGGAACCAGGGAAAGAUGUUCUCGUACCAGGAGAUGCUAGCGGUUAUUCGACAAGAAUAUCCGGCAUUGGUGAAGAUUGCCGAUCAUAAAAAUGAUACCAGCAAGACAUAUCAUAUUCCUGGAUUUGAGGGCCGCAUUGGAUUUAUUACGAGCAUGACAAACAAUUUCUGCGGCACCUGCAAUCGACUCCGCAUUACCAGUGACGGCAAUUUAAAAGUGUGUCUCUUCGGCGCCUCAGAGGUGUCGCUACGGGAUAUCAUCCGCAAAGAGAAUCACGGGCAGCCCAUCGACGACGAAGCCUUGAAAAGCCUGGGCCUUCUAGAGAGGAUGCAGACGGCGACUCGCGUUGAUGACAGUGAGGAACCGGUCAAUGAACGCGAGCGCGAGAUUCUGGAUAUCAUCGGCAUGGCCGUGAAGCGCAAGAAGGCGAAACAUGCCGGCAUGGAUGAACUGAAGAAUAUGAAGAACCGCCCCAUGAUUUUGAUUGGUGGUUAA